AUGCCCACAGGGCUCGGCCGCCGCGCAAGCGAGCUCGAAGAACGGGAGGACAUCGCAGGCGAGUCCUUCUCCAUCGACCCCCUCAUCCGGCGACGGAGCGUCAGCAUGCCCGCCGCUGCAGAGGCCGCUCGAUGGCGAGCGCACAACGGGCCAGUCAAGCCGGUGGCAAGCAUCCCUGUCGUCGCCCGCAUAUCCCCAGACCUGCUGUCGUUCGUCUUCUCCUAUGCAUCCGACCCCGACCUGCUCUCUCUCGCGCGCACCUCCAAGGCGUUCUCCACCGCCGCCCUCCAGGCCCUGUACAAAACCCUCGACCUCCGGAACACGGACGACGAGCACGUCGAGAAGUGCAUCACCCUCCUCGCCCGGCGGAGACCGCUCGCGGCACUCGUGCGCUCCUUCGCCUGCCGCGAGCUCCCCCCGCCCGACGCAGGCCCGACGUCGCUCAACACGGUCACCUUCGCGAUCGCGCUCACGAACAUGGACCACCUCCACACCCUCGCCCUCCCCCACUUCGACCUCCGUCUCCUCUGCCACGCCACCUUCUCCCUCCGCCACCUCACGAUCCAGUGUAGAACGAUCACGCCCGACGACUUUACCGCACUCUUCUCCUGGAUUGCCCGCCAUCCGGCCCUACACUCGCUCUCUUUCCCCGCCCUCGUUCUCCCCGCCCUGCCGCCCGCAUUCCAGCUGCCGUCACGCACACCGUCUCCAGAUACCAGCCCCGUCUCUGAUACCCUCCCAUCAGACCCGUCUGACGCCCCCGACGCUCCCUCACCCGCUUCGCCCUUCCCGGCGAACGUCGCCCCCGCCCUGCGCCGCCUGCACGCGCCCGUGAGCAUCUGCGCGGCGCUCGCCCCCGGGCGGCCGCUCACGCACGUCACGCUACCGAUCCAGCAGACUCUGUACGACGGCCUGCGCCCGUCCGCGCUCAUGUCCGCGCUCGCCGCGGCGCGGGGCACGCUGCGCGGGCUCGCGAUCGCGCCCGCGUCCGCGAAGCUCGACGGACGCACGCUCGAACGCGUCGUCAUGUCCGCGGGCGCGGAGUUGGGCGAGUUUGUGGAGGAGCUCGAGGUACGCUGGAUGCUCGACGACGAGGCGCUGUACCGGCUCAUCCAGAGCGUCCUCGCCCGCUUCCGCGUCCUCCGCACCCUCCGCCUCUUCCGCGACUCGCCCCCGCCCCACCCGCCCUCCCCCCUGCUCGAGUUCCCGCUCCCGCCCAUCACCCCGCCGAUCUCGCCGAACCCGCACGCGCCGCCGAACCCCGGCCGCGUCUCCACCUCCACCUCCACCUCCUCCACGUCCGCGUUCCUCCGCCCGCCCGGCGCGUCGGCGUCGGCGGCAGCGGGCUCGCCGUUCCCGCGCGUGCACGAGCGCGCGCACCUCGCGCUCUGGUGCCGGGCGCGGCCCACUCUCCGCACCGUCCUCUUCCUCUCUGGGGCGGAGUGGGGCGUGUUCCUGGACCCGACGGUCGGCGGGGAGCCGCAGUUCGAGUUCGUGGGCUACGCGCCGUGCGCAUGA